AUGAUCGCCCGGGUGAAACCAAAGCAGAAGAGAUUGGAGCUGACCCUGGCUGUGAACACAGAGAGUCCAAAUUAUGACCAGAGUAAAGGAGAGCAGAUUGCCAUCAAUGUUGAUGGUCUUGAUGCACCUCCGUCAACAGCUUUGUAUCCUAGAGGAUACAUGGACAAGCGGGUGCUGGACUCAAAGUUGGCAGUGCAGAAUGCAGACCGCUAUGCCAUUGGUGUAAUGGCAGGUGGGGUCCUGCAUAUUUCCCCUUUGGCUGCCAUCCUGCACAUGCGCCCAUCUUUUGAUUAUUUAAAUGUGGGUGAUGAGCGAAGGAGGAAGAAGGAAGCACAAGAAGAGGACAGUGCUGAAGGUGAAGAAGAAGGGGAAGCAGAGAUGGUGACUGUGAAGUUUGCAUCAGAUCGCAGGCGGAUCCGGGAUAAGACAAGGAGAUACCAUGCUCAGCAGACCCAGGCUGCUGAGGAGCCCUGGGUAUCUCUCAACACCAACUCCAUCUCAUCGCAAUCCUCAGAGUUGACACGGAUGCACCUAGUGAGUGGAACUAAGGAGGAUUGGAUAGGAGAGUUGUCCUUGCCACUGAUGGAAUAUUUGAAGCACUUGACACCAAGUGAGGGAAGUGAAGAGUCUCCUGUGGACAAUGCAGCACAUGGGAGAAGCCUUGAAAACCUGCCACGGAAGCUUCUCCAGAUGCUCCCUAUUUCAAAUCGUGUUGAGGCACUCAUGCGGAAUGCAAAGCUGCUUCCUUUCAAAGGAGUGCUAUCUCUGGUUGGGACUGGAGAGGUGAUAUCAACAUUGAAGGCCCUGCAGGGAUGCAGUGUCUUGGUGCAGGGAAACUGGGUUCUGCGCUCUGAUAUCCUUUACCCCAAGGACACCAUCUCUGCCAAGUCAGGGAUCCCCAGUGAUCUCAUGUGUCGUGCCAGGGAUUACCUUCUUUAUCGUUACACAACAACCAGACAUGUGGAGAGAAAACAGUUGGCACAUGUGACCCGCCUUCCCAACGAAGAGCUGGAAGAUAUCUUUCGGGGAGUUGCAGAACCUCAAGGAAGUGCUGGCUGGGAAUUCCAACUCCCAUUUGAUGCUGAGUUCAUUUCCAAGUACCCAGAUGUGGUGCAGAGGCAGAGCAUGCUGUGGGAAGCAAGGUCCCAGCAGCUUUUGAGGUCUUUCCAGGAGGGACAAAGGGUCUCUAAUAUCCCAGGAAGUCCAAAAAAGGGAACAGAACGCCGACAUCGACGUUUGUCGCGCCGUGAGUCGGGCAGCGAGUCAGAUGAUCCAUCUGUGCGUCAUCCCAGCAGCAGUGGUGCCAAAAAGUUCCCAUGAGUUUCAUCAUUCAAGAUAAUGCCCCCUUUCCCUUGUGUCCUAUUGCCCCCAUGUUUCAUUGAUGCUUCUAAAAGUGUCAUGUGAUAUGUAUUCAUGCGGGAAUGAAAAGAACUCUAUCAUUGCUCUUCCUCGACUCAUAUCUGUGGGUUCUAGAGCCCAGGUUGAAAUAAAACAAAAUAGUUUUGAA